UCACUCACAUCGCAGUUUACCUUCAUAGCGUGCGCACGUGGCUACAUGAGUGCGUGAGACUGAACCUUUGAGUGAGUGAGUGUUUGGUGAUCUUGUGACUUCCUGAACGUCUCGACCAGGGAAUGCCAUAGACAGACGCUCCUCUAACAGUCCCCAUUACAAGUGUCACUAUGGAAAGUGUCUUGGCACUAGUGUGUGUGUUCUGCACGGUGGCACUGAGCAGCAGGGCGGUGGAGGGCGUCUCACUCCCUCACGCCCACCGUCACAAGCGCCUCCAACACCUUCAAGAGGCAGUCGACCGCCUUGUUAUACGUCAAAGAACUGACCACAUCUUGAUAAACAACCUGCAGAAGGCGGUGAUAGAGGCGCAGGAAGGGGGCGUGUGGCCAGAGAGGGCAGGGAGAGUGGACGGGGAGAGGCGCGCCCUAAGUGAGCUGAAGGAUGCCGUGGACGAGGUGCGGGGGAGUGUUAACCUGGUGUUGGAGGAACAGCACCGAGCUGACGAAAUGCUGCAGCUUCGUCAGGAGUUGGCCGCCCUCAGGUCUGAAGUUAAGCACCUGAAAGAGUCGAGAGAGGCGGAGAACAGAAAGAACUUAGCGCACAGCCAGACACAGCAGCAGCGGGAGGCAGUGACCGCAGCCUGGGUGGUGGACAAUGUGAGGCGGCUGCAGGACGCCGUGGUAGACCUGCAGCAGGCCUUCAACGUGACGACAGCCAUGCAUGACAAGCAGGAGGUCGAGUCCCGCCUGUUGGUAGUGAGUAGGGACUUAGGGGCACUGAGAGGGUCCCUGGCAGCUGUCACGUCCAAGGCGGAGGCGGCGGCAGCAACCGUGACAGCCCUGCAGGAGGAACUGACUUCGCUCACGCAAGACUCACACCGCUCCGCUGGGAAAGUCGCCACGCUGGAGAUGAAGGUUUCCAGCAUCCAUGAGGACUUCAAUGACCUUCUUGUGUCCCUCCCAGAAGGACUUGUGUCUGGAGGCCACACGCAGCACUCUGCUAAGCCAACUCAGGUUCAGAGUAGCAAGGCAGCAACAGUAACAACAGCAACAGAGAAGCAAGUGAGGGGGCGGCGACUAGAGCCACGGGUGGAGGCAGUGGAGACAGACCUGGGGAAGGUACAGGCGUCCUCCAUGCAGCUCAUGUCCAUGCUGGAAGCCCUGGAGGCCCGUGUGGAGAGGGACGUGGGUGAGGUGCGGCAAGAAGUGGCAAAGUUAGAGUACAAGAUGACUGCCGCACAGGAUGACAGCAAGACCUAGCAAGGCUAUGGAAGUUAGCAGCUUUCAUCUACCAAAGUCAUCAUCAUUGUCAUUUUGUUUUAUGUUCCCUUUUGUGGUUAAACAGUUUAUAGGACUCUCCCAUAUGUUACAGUGAUAGACGAUCUCUUACUAGCUGUUUAUUCUUCCCAUGUUUUCCUCUAUACGCCAUCUCCAGUGAUAGUCAACCUCUUCCUUGAUGUCCACCUCUCAUAUCUUCCUUUGUAUACCUCUCCAGUUUUCUUCAGUCUUCCACAGAUUCAUGUUUAGGGCAAGAGACUGCCAUGUGCAGACCUAGUGGCUUGUUGCAGCUUCCCUUAUUUUCUUGUGUUCUUAAUUACCAAAGUCAGACCUUCAGUUUUUGCGUCAAUGUGUGGGCCACCUGGCACCACACUUUUUAUAGCAGAGUGGUCCUGGUACAGUGCCGUGGUGUCAGAAGAGGCCGAGCCACUCCUGCCAGUACUUUAAAGCUUAGACCUGUAUUCUGAAACACUCUGUUCCUUCGCCACGACUAUUUUCAAAGGCCACAGAGAAGAUUAGUGGAUUUUCAUGACUGUUUCUCCUGUUGACAAUAUAGAACUUUUGUUAAUCUGUCACUAAAACUGUAAGAAUACCCUUAAAACCUGUCAGUUCAAUUAAAGUACGUAUUUGAAGGUACAGGAGGAGCAGGCAGAAGUGUUUCAGCCUACAGUCCUUGAUGGCUUAGUGUGAGGUGGAGGUUAGACAAUAGCCAAUGUUUUGUGCCAACAGUACCAUAUCCAUACAUUCCAGCGUAUUUAUUAGCACCUGGCUGUCCUCCACAUUCUAGACUCUACCACUGAGAAAACUCUAGUGUGCUAUAAGUCUGAGUAAUGAAAAUGCAAAAGUGUGUGGCAGUUGUGUUUCCCUGAAGUUCAACACUGCUAUGCUGUCAAAAUAAUCAAGUUUUCAUUUAUGUAUUCAUUUCAGUGCAUUUCUUAUACCAAUUUAGUGUUUUUCUCAAUGGUACGUCCAGUGUAUCUAUCUAUUCACCUGACACCUUCCUCCUCAGUGUACAUGCGAGGUGAGAGUGUCAGGAUGAUGUGUCGUGAGGUGCCUGUGUAGUGUGCCUCUAUUGUUUAUUGAUGCCUAAGAGAACAUUUUGGUCACAUCCUAGUCAGAGGAGAAGAGAUAAACUAUACCUGUGUGUGUGUGUGUGUGUGUGUGUGUGUGUGUGUGACCAGCAAUGUAUAUGUAUGUUUUUUUAUUCCCUUCAUGUUUAUUUCUACUGAUUAUUAUUAUUUAUUCUACAAUGGUAUUUAUUGAUCCUGUUUUCAUUUUGUGUUCAUAUUGCCAUGCGUAUUUCCCAUCUGUGUAAGCCGUUUGAUGUAAUUCCAGCCACACUCAGUGCAUUGUGCUGUUCUCAGUUAUUUGUUGUCAUUUAUUAUUUCUUUCAAUAUUCAUGUGUUUAUUAUUAUUAUUUCUUUCAAUAUUCAUGUGUUUAUUAUUAUUAUUUCUAUUAUUAUUCAUGCAUAUAUAUUAAAGAAUUUUUACUUGAAUGUGUUUGUUCGAUAUGGAAAUGUGUGUGUGUGUGUGUGUGUGUGUGUGUGUGUGUGUGUGUGUGUGUGUGUGUGUGUGUGUGUGUGUGUGUGUGUGUGUGUGUGUGUGUGUCUUUGUGUACAUUUCUGUAUAUAUAUGUAACAGUUUUGUGUAAAGAAUAUUUUUAUAUGUCAUAUUAAAUUGAGUGAAAAGA